AUGGGUCAAGAGUAUAUAGAACAGGUCUCGGACAAGAUAUGUUCUUUCGGAGGUCUUGCGCCAGGUGGCGAAAGAUCCGAUUCGGCGAGAAAUCGAUCAAGGAAGCUUCAAUUUCUUGUUGCAUGUAUAAAUCAAGCCGUUAAGGAUCAACUGCAAAAGGAGGAGGCUUCUGUCAUCAAUGAAGGGUUUCAACCAGGGCUAUACCAGGCGAAUGGCGGUGGAGCUAAUGUGGUGGCUCAUGGUUAUACAAAGGGUUCAGGUCUUGGUGCAGAGAUUAUUGGAACUUUUGUUCUGGUUUACACUGUUUUCUCAGCUACUGAUGCUAAGAGAAGUGCCAGAGACUCUCAUGUCCAUAUCUUGGUGCCGCUUCCAAUUGGGUUUGCUGUCUUCUUGGUACACUUGGCUACCAUCCCAAUCACUGGAACCAGCAUUAACCCGGCCAGGAGUCUCGGAGCUGCCAUCAUCUACAACAAGGAUCAUGCUUGGGAUGACCACGUAAAUGCUUGAGAGGUUUAUUAAUAUGAAAAUAUAUUAAAGAAGGUAACGUAUGGCAUAAUUGAAUGCCAAAUUCUGAUUUUUGUGUGAUACCAAUACUUCAAACAUACUGAAGUUUUUAAAGACAUGCAUCACAAUUUUCGGAUGAAGUAUUCAAGACAAGAAAAUAUACCAAAUCUAAUUAUAUUGUGAUACAACA